AUGACCGUACCCAAACGACCUUCCAUGACCCUCCAGCGGUCCAUCAUCCCCAUCCACUACAGACUCAAGAUUGUCCCCUGUCCCGUUAACUUCUCCUUCCUCGGCGAAUGCUCCAUCGAGAUUUGUAUUGCCGAGCCAACGUUUGGCAUCACAUUGAACGCAAAGGAACUCAACAUCCAGACAGCCACCGCAAGGGACCACCUCUUAAGUGGGUACAGUGUCACCGCGACGAGUGUGAGCUACAAUGUUGAAGAGGAGACCAUCACCCUCGAGUUCCCUCAGGUCCUCCAUGUGGGCUCCUCCUGGAUCCUCGACAUCACAUAUAUCGGUCUCGUCAACGACAAGCUUAACGGCUUUUACCGGUCCGUCUACACCGACGCCGACAACAACGUUCACCAAUUGACAACCACGCAAUUCCAGUCUACGCAUGCUCGACGAGCCUUUCCAUGUUGGGAUGAGCCAGCUAUCAAAUCGACCUUUUCGCUGACGCUGGUGGCUCCCCAGGGCAUGACGUGUCUAUCCAACAUGAGUGUACAGUCAACCACAUUGCUCGAGAACGGUAUGCAGGAAGUGGCGUUUUUGAAGACGCCCAUCAUGGCCACCUACCUAUUGGCAUGGAUGAUUGGAGAUUUUGACUACAUUGAGGCGUACACUUCUGGCGAAUUCAAUGGCGAGCGCAUCCCGUGCCGCGUUUACACUCCUGUUGGUCUUGCUGACCAGGGCCAUUACUCUCUCGAUCUCGCCGUCAAGUCGGUCGAAUAUUUCUCGCGAUUAUUCAAUAUACCAUACCCGUUGCCCAAGCUGGACUUGGUGGCGGUGCCCGACUUUGCGCCAGGUGCGAUGGAGAACUGGGGCCUGAUCACCUUCAGAACAUAUGCGCUGUUGAUUGAGGAAUACGGGUCCCAGGAUCGACGACACGAGAUUGCAGCAACAGUGAUCCACGAAAUUUCUCACCAAUGGUUCGGCAACUUAGUGACGAUGGAGUGGUGGUCGGAUUUGUGGCUGUUUGAGGGGUUCGCGACACAUUUGGCGUACAUUGUGGUGGACGAACUGUUCCCUGGCUGGGAUAUCUGGUCAGAGUUUGUCAAACGGAUUCAGGAAGUUCUCAAACACGACUCCUUGCGGACAUCUCACCCAGUUGAGGUCGGGGUUGCCAACCCAAGCGAGAUCACACAGAUCUUUGACGAAGUCAGCUACAUGAAGGGAGCCUCUGUCUUGCGAAUGCUCAGUGCCUGGUUGGGUCAGGAUCAGCUGCUGCUAGGCCUCCGAAAGUUUAUUCACAAGUACAUGUGGAGCAACGCCAACACCGAGGAUCUCUGGGUCACUUUGGCCGAAGAGUCAAAGAUGGAUGUUCCUGGAUUCAUGCGCAAAUGGACUCGCCAGACCGGGUACCCCGUGUUGUCGAUUACAGAGUUGGACGAGUCAACCAUCUUGGUGCGCCAGAACCUGUUCUUGUCGACUGGAGAUGUCCGUGAAGAGGAGGAUCACAUUAUCUGGCCCGUGCCAUUGGGACUUGUCACUGCAUCGGACUCGACGCCUCGCAACAUCAUGAUGGACACCAAGGAGUUGGUUUUGAAGGUGGACACAACACAGUGGUACAAGUUCAACAUGGGCCAGACAGGAUUCUACAGAGUGUCCUAUCCUCCCAAGACCUUGGCGCUUCUCGGACAGACGUUUGGCACGGAGCAACUGAACGCAGCUAACAGAGUCGGACUUUUGACCGAUGCUGCUGCAUUGGUUGCUAGUGGAAUUGCGCCCACCAGCAGUUUCUUGACCCUUCUCAAGUAUUUUGAAGAUGAAGAGAAUUACAUGGUUUGGGCUGAAGUGUCUUUGAGAUUGCAGGAAUUGUUGUCGGUCUGGCUAGAGCAACCCACGCCGAUUAUGAAUGGCUUGAAGGAAGUUCAGAGGCGCCUCUUCACAAAAAUUGUCAAGAGGCUUGGAUGGGAGUUCCCUGAGGGUGAGGAUCCUGCCACUGUGAACCUGCGCGCCGUUGCCAUUCGUUUUGCAGGACGAGCUGGCGACCCAGAGAUUGUUGCAGAGGCAAGGAGACGGUUUACAGCGUUUAUGAAGCACCGGGAUGUGACUGCGUUGCCACCAGAUUUGCGAUUCCCAGUCUUUGAGAUUGUUCUCAGGACGACUCAGGGAGUAGAAGAGUAUGAAGACAUUGUCAACUACUACCGCGAGACAUACAUCCCUGGCGAGAAGGUGGUGGCUCUGUCGGUCCUUGGAUAUGGAAGCUCGCUAGAGCUGGUGCGGAGGACACUGGCGUUUGCCAUGUCGCGUGAAGUCCGUACUCAGGAUAUCCUUAGUGCGAUCGCGACAUUGCGCUCAUCGGUAGUAGGUCGUGCUGAGCUGUGGAACUUUAUGCGCCACCACUGGGAUGUUCUCUACGAGCGCCAUUGCGAUGAUAUCGGCUUCCUGGACUACUUUGUGCUGCUCAGUAUCGAGUCGUUUUCGACGCUGGAGAGGUACCGCGAGGUGCAGGCGUUCUUCGCUAACAAGGACACGAGCGCUUACGACAGGAUCCUUGCGACAUGUCUGGAGGGAAUCCGUAUGAACAUUCUCUGGUUGGAACGUGAUUGCAAGGAUGUUGAGCAGUGGUUGAAGAUCAACGGAUACUUGACUAUUGGUGCAGGCACUGAUGAUCAUGAGCGGCAGCACUUGUCGAUGAUGUCGUCGAUCCAGGCGGGAGCUGUCAACGGGAUGUAUGGGCAUGAGUUGAGUGGUCACGGCCUUUCGAACUUUACCGCUACCACACCAACCACAACAAACACGACUGCUUCGUCACCCACCAGCAACGCCACAACCGCUACGUUGAUCAAUGGAGCAGGUUCGGUCAGCACGACUACGCCUGCAGGGUCGACAUCGGGUGCAUCGUCUGGAGCAUCGACCCCCUCGAGUGGGCUCAAGUACCCACAUGGUGGUAUCUACAGCCAACACGCGACCCAUGUGCGAUCGGAGGUGUAUUUGGAUGGAGUGGGCCAAGCAUCGGAGGAGCAGGCUCAGCAGCUAUUGCAACUUCAGCAUGAUCAGCAGCAGCAUGAGUUGCGGUUACAGCAAGAGUACCAGCGUCAACUGCAGCUCCAGCAGCAACAGAUGCAGAUGCAGCAGUAUGGUCACUGUCAUGGUCAUGCUCAUGGUCAUAGUCAUGGUCACAGCCACGGCCACGGCCAUGGUCUCAACAGCCGGCCACCAGAGCAGCGGCCACGGACCCUGGAACGCGAGAUGGAACUGCUCAGUAUGAGUGGUGACUAUGAGUUCUAA